ACGCCGGCGUCGCAUGGCGUCGAGGGCAGCGCCGACGUCGACGGGCGGCGAGGUGGAUAGUCGCAGUCAUGCCAUCACCCUGACGCACGUUCUCGCGUCUCACGGUGUGCGUGACAGGGAGCGGAGUUCCGUGUUCGCGGAGAUCCGUUGGAACGCGUAAGACGAGAAACGUGGAGGCGGACAGGAAGGAUGGAGCAACGUCCAGGGGGACGCGCGCGCGAUUUUUGCUAACCGGCCAACACGACGACAAUAACGAAGACGACGACGAAGACGACGAAGACGACCAAGACGACGACGACGAAGACGAAGACGACGAAGACGAAGACGAAGACGAGAAGAAGGAGGAAAAAGGCGAGGAUAACGACGUGGGUGGUGGGGAAGCGAGGAGGCGGCGGUGGUGGAGGCGGAGGAGGAGGUGGCGGCGGAGCAUCGGUGCGGAGAGAUGCAGCAACAGCCACAGUCUGGCCAACAGUCCGGGGCACCGAACGGGGUGGCAGGUGGUGCCCAAUUGCCGCAAACAGGUGGCAUAAGCUCGGCCCAACCUGGAGCGACAGGUACCGCCACCGCGGCGUCAAAUCGUGCCCAGGUUAACGGCGGCAGAUUCGAUUUCGACGAUGGCGGCACCUACUGCGGCGGUUGGGAGGACGGCAAGGCGCACGGACACGGCGUUUGCACCGGGCCCAAGGGCCAGGGCGCUUACUCCGGUAGCUGGCACUUCGGGUUCGAGGUCUCCGGUGUCUACACCUGGCCUAGUGGAUCGGCGUACGAGGGCCAAUGGCAGAACGGAAAGAGGCAUGGACUGGGCAUGGAGACCCGUGGCCGGUGGAUAUACCGCGGUGAAUGGACGCAGGGGUACAAGGGUCGAUACGGUGUCAGACAAUCGACAACGUCCACGGCGAGGUACGAGGGCACGUGGGCGAGCGGUCUUCAGGAUGGCUACGGCUCGGAGACCUACGCCGACAGCGGUACUUAUCAAGGUCAGUGGCACCGGGGGAUGAGGCAUGGCUACGGCGUGAGAGCGAGCGCGCCGUUCGGUUUGGCGAGUCAUUACAAACCGUCGAAGCAAGUCAGGGCCUCCUUGACGUCCUUAAGGAGCGCGGAUGGCGGAGGACCUGUCGCGCCCACGCCGGAACCGACGGACAGGAGGGAUCGUCGAGUCGACGAUAACAGGGGUGGCUUUGUACUAAAAGCCAGGAGCGACGAUCCUCCGGCACGGAGGAAAAGCCUCACGGAGAAAUCCUUGAAAAAGGGAAUCCUCUCGGGGCUGAAAAUCCGGAAACAGAGGAGCACGGGUGACUUGGAGAAACGCGGUACUGGUGGCAGUAUUAGAAGCAACGCAAGCUCGGCGUCAUGGAUGUCGACGGAGAGCUCGCAGAGUCAAGCCUCCGCGUCCGUUCACACGGACAGCAACGCGUCCUUUGUCAUCGAGGACGAGCAAAUGGACGCCUCGGUAACCGAAACGUAUCUAGGCGAGUGGAAGAACGACAAGAGGACAGGGUUCGGUAUAUCGGAGCGCAGCGACGGCCUCCGGUACGAAGGCGAGUGGUUCAACAACCGGAAGUACGGUUACGGCGUGACGACGUUCCGGGACGGCACCAAGGAAGAGGGCAAGUACAAGAACAACGUCCUGAUCACCAGUCAGAAGAAGAAGCAUCUGUUCCUGAUCAGAUCGGCGAAGUUCCGCGAGAGGAUAGAAGCUGCCGUGAACGCGGCUCAGAGAGCCAGCAAGAUCGCCCUUCAGAAAGCGGACAUCGCGAUCUCGAGGGCGGCGGCGGCCCGUGGCCGAGCAGAGUUGGCGGACAUCGCAGCGGAGCACGCGAGAGAGGAUUCGGAGCUUGCCCAGCAAACGGCGAAGCAGUUCGCGCCGGACUUCCGGCAGCCUGGAUUGGAGAGGUUACGGAACAGGGAGAUACCCAAGUACGUGCCACCCCCUCAAGACACGGUUCCGGGGAAGAGUAUCCUCCACAAAGCGGGCAGCGUGGAUCAGCCGGGCGGCGGGGCUGGCAUGAAAAGCCCGAUCUCGUCGAUGGAGCCGACCUCGACGACCACCACCACGUCCACCGUGAGCAACAUGAUGCAAUCGAUCAGGCGGCCCAGCAUGAAGACGCAGAAUCAGCUGCCGCAGAACCAGCUGCCGCAGAACCAGGUCCCGUUGCCGCAGAACCAGCUGACGCAGAACCAGAUACCGAAUCAGGUGACUCCCGCGCAGCUCGUGAACCAGUUGCCGUUGAGCCAAUUGAAUCAGACUACCCUGAGCGGCCAAGACUUUUAUCAAACGCAGUACCAACAGCCCAUGUCGCAGAGCAGCAUGCCGCAGGCCCAGUACCCUAACAGUAUACCCAAUCAGUAUCAGCAGGCCGGCCAGUUCCCUGGCAGCCAGUACGCCCCGCAAAAUCAGUUCCCUGUUCAGGGUAGUCCGUACGGUCAGCCGCAGUACCAACCGGUCGGCCCGCCGCAGGCGGACCCGUACUCGUAUCAGCAGCAGCCGCCAAGCCAAGGCUACCAGAAUAUGCAGGCUUAUCCUAAUCAACAGAUGCCACUAACCAACCAGUACGGGCCUGGCCAGAUGAACCAGUAUGGUUCCCAGCAGCUUUACACCCAGCCUCAAGCAGCGCCUCCGCCUCAAUCGGCGCCUCAGCCUCAGACGCAAAUUCCGCAGCAGUACCAACCUGACGGGGACCCGCAACGACCGCCGAGUUCAACGAGUAUACGAAGAAACAGCAGGGUCUUAACCCCGCAAGAUCGACCCGGGACUAUCGGCCAGACGCUGAACGACAGACUAGAUCAUUACAAAAGGCCGCCCAGCCGUGAUAGUUCCGUGGAUCGUUACGCUAGAGCGCAUUCCCGGUUGACUGGAUCAAGGCAGCCGUCCGUCGAUAAAACCAUCACGAAUCCGCCCCAGGAUAUGCUCGACAGAUCAACGAGAGCACCGAGCGCGAUCCGAUCAGGCACACCGCUGAAUGGAUCGGUGGUGGGUAGCGGGACCGCGACGCCGACGUACGCCGCCUCGACUUCCGGUCAAUUCGAAGGGGCUCUGUUGAAGAAUCGUGGCCUUGGACAGGACAUUCUGCCGAGUCCGGGACAGCCUAAGCGUACCGAAAGCCUCUACGUCACUCCCGGACGCGGUCCGGCCGCAUCCGGCGGUGGUGGCGGCGGCGGUGGCGGGGGCGGCGGGCCGAAGGACGCAGGCCGGACGGUCCCCGCCUUCGCCGCAACGUCGAAGGGCCGCGCAACCCUAUGAGUAUAAGUAUUAUAAUAAAUAAUGUACACCACCUGCGAUCUGCGAGAGUAAACGAAGCUUGCGCCGCGUUUCGUCGCGCGAUUCAGCCGAGAGCCGGCCGAGAAACGCGGCUCGUGAUUCGACCCCGGACCUUCGAGCGAUGUUCACUUCCAAGGGAUAUUUUGG